AUGCUUUAUAUUAGAAACAAACUUCUACAAGAACAACAACUUGUUGUUAAAUAUAAUAAGCCUGGCUGUCCUUCUUUUUUGCAAACACAUUCAAACUUGCUCGAUUAUAUUCAUGAUAGCAUUGAAUUUGGGGCUACAGAAAAUAAAAGAAAAAGAAAGAUAGUAAAAGUCAGGACCAUCAACUACCUUGUAGAUGAUGUCAGAAAUAUAUAUAGUGAAUAUGUUGCCAGAUUCACUAUAAACAAUUAUCUACAAUCUUCUUGUUCAAACUUAAUAGUAGCCAAAACCUAUCAUUAUCCUGCCAACAUCAUGGUCUCAUCCGUGUCUAGAACUGACAACAAUAACUAUUCAGAUGAGCAUUAUUGUCUUGUCUCUAUAAAGGAUGAUAAGGCCAAGGUUCCUUUUGGCAUUACAGCAGUUAGAAGAACCUUUAGAGUUUUACAAACAAUUAGAGAGCCAGUGAUGGUCUCUAAUUAUAAUUUUCUUGUAGAUGUGCAGCAAAAGCUGAUACUGUCAGUUUAUUUAAUAAUAAGUCCUAAUGACACGAAUGUUAUGCUUCACAAUAGCCAACUUUCAAUUUUUAUUCAUUCACAAUAUGGAGUUGACACAAGUUCUGCAACUUAUAUGCAAGAUUUAGAUUCAUUAGUAAAAAAACAGCCAUCUGGAUG